AUGGGUCCAGCAGCGUCCCCUAGAGAGGGGAAGUCCUCUGCGGCAGUAGUGGAUGCGGCUGCGGCUGCGGCCUCUGGAAGACCUUCUGGUGGCAGCCUGCUCACGAAUGAGAGGCUGCUUGGCCCGUCUACUGGGCCCCGCUAUGCUUUCUGUCUGCGUAGUAAUGUUUUCUCACAGUAUUACAUUAGUGAGAGCAGGUUCCCCGAUUCCCUCAUCAUUCCAUCAGCUUUCGAGUGGCCUUUGGAGCUCUGUCUUGUCGUCCAGCCUGGGCCGGGCGUGCCCUUCCCUUCUACCCUUCCAUGGUACUGUGGUGCCCAAGACCGUACCAAGAAGGUGGCAGCAUCGAAAAGUGGUAGUAGUCCGAAGCAGUCUGGAAAGAGUGAGGCUAGGAUAGUGGGGGAGCCCUUGAAGGUGUUGGAGGUCGAUCUAAGAGGCGACUGUAUUGAAGGCAUUCAGAUAUCAUACAAAGAUGCUGGCCGGG